UGCUAGGUAGGUAGGCAAAAUAAUUCAAGGUCGGGGGCCGGAGGCAACUAAACACGUUCAAAUUUUAAUUAUCAUUGCCACAGAACAUUAUUACAUGAUCUUUGCCCACUUCUUAUAUCAUCAUUUGAUUUGAUAACGUCCCUAUCUUUUACUUUAGUUCAUUUUGAAUACAACGUGUCGACGCCGUACAAGUAGAGAAGACUGCUAAUAUGAGUACAGUUGGAAAAGUGAUAAAAUGUUUAGCAGCCGUUGCCUGGGAAGCCGGCAAGCCAUUAUCAAUUGAAGAGAUCGAAGUGGACCCACCCAAAGCCGGCGAAGUCCGCGUACAGAUCACUGCUACCGGCGUAUGUCACACUGACGCAUAUACUUUGUCCGGUAAAGACCCUGAAGGAGUAUUUCCAGUAGUUUUGGGCCAUGAGGGUGGUGGUAUCGUUGAGAGCGUCGGUGAAGGAGUAACAUCCGUGAAACCAGGUGAUCACGUCGUUCCACUCUACGUUCCGCAAUGUAAAACAUGCAAAUUCUGUUUGAACUCCAAAACCAAUCUAUGCCAGAAAGUGAGAGUUACACAAGGACAAGGUGUAAUGCCCGAUGGUACUAAGCGAUUCCGUUGUAAAGGUCAAGAAUUAUACCAUUUCAUGGGAUGUUCAACCUUCAGUCAGUACACAGUAGUUUUAGAAAUUUCUAUUUGCAAAGUGAAUGAAGCCGCUCCAUUGGAUAAAGUCUGUCUAUUGGGCUGUGGAAUCCCUACUGGUUAUGGAGCAGCUCUGAAUACAGCUAAGGUGGAACCUGGUUCCAAUUGUGCAAUCUUUGGUCUUGGAGCAGUCGGUCUGGCAGUAGCUCUUGGAUGUAGAGCAGCUGGUGCAAAACGUGUCAUAGGAGUGGAUAUUAAUCCUGCUAAGUUUGAAGUAGCCAAAAAGUUUGGUGUCACUGAGUUUGUCAACCCUAAGGAUUAUGACAAACCCAUUCAAGAAGUAUUGGUGGGUUUGACAGAUGGAGGAUUAGACUACACAUUUGAAUGCAUUGGUAAUGUGAGCACCAUGCGAUCUGCUCUGGAAGCUUGUCAUAAGGGUUGGGGAGUUUCAGUUAUCAUUGGAGUAGCUGGUGCUGGUGAAGAGAUCAGCACUCGUCCCUUCCAGCUGGUGACUGGUCGCACCUGGAAGGGAACUGCUUUUGGAGGUUACAAGAGCCGUGACAGUGUACCCCAGCUGGUUGAUGAAUAUCUUUCUAAGAAACUGCCUAUUGAUGAUUUUGUGACGCACAAUGUGUCAUUAAAGGAGAUAAAUGAAGCAUUUCAUCUAAUGCAUUCGGGCCAGUCUAUUCGUGCUGUUGUACAUUUUUGAGGUUAAGUUUUAGUUACAUCUCUGCAUUUACCAAUGUUACCUGUUGUUUAUCUAUAAC